UAUACAAACUGACAGAUAAUGGCUGUUUGCCAACGAACCUGAUGUUUCAUACAAGUGGUUUGUUAUACAUCUGCUUUAAGUAUGCACUAACAGUUUUCUUCCCCCAUGAUCAUUUAGUCAAUUGUAUUACAACUAGUGUGAAAUUAUAAUGGAGCCAUUUGAUGCUAGAGCACGGUAUCGAGUUUUGAACACCUUGACUUGCGUGGUCAUUGGACUGCAGGGCCGUGAGACUACUGUUGAACUCCACAAUGACUCCUAUGUGACUGGCACUAUUACCAAUGCUGAUGCGAAGAUGAACAUUGAGAUGACUAAUGCCCGGCUAACUGAUGGCAACAACCACACUAUUCUUCUGUCCAAAUUCUAUGUGAUGGGUCGCAAAGUUCGCUACGUCCACAUCCCUGAAGACGUUGAUGUUCUUAAGCUGAUAGAAGAUCAAGUUACACCAUUCAAGAGUAGCCGCGGUAGAGGCAGAGGCCGUGGCCGAGGCAGAGGACGUGGUGGGAGCGUCAGGGAGAAGAUUGCUAUGAAGAAAGAACAACAAACCCUACGGCGUUUCCAGAAAGAGACUCGCCAACGACUCCAGGAACAGAAAAACUCGUUGACUGAGAGCCCAACGGAAAUGCAUAAGCAGGAAAAUGACGUAUCAUAACACUGAUCUAAGGAACAGACAGCUACUGUACUCCUAUGAUAAAUUUACUAGCUGUACGUCGUUGCAUACGCUCGAUUUACCUUCCUGUAAGCUGACACCAUCAUUACUAAUGACAGCGACAAUAGCAAAUAUUGUGAAGAAAGAGUCAAAACAAGGAAUGCGUCAAAAUUAUGUGUUAUAUAUAAAACUGGUACCCAAAAUCCUACAACGGGUGCAUCUCAAAUAGAAUAAAACAUAACUGAUGGUUGUGUAAUAUAAAAUUUUGUUUUUGGUUCAGAUGGGGAUUGUUGCACACCAUCCUUAUUGGCAAAUCGUUAAAACUACUUCAUUAACCUUAAAUCCUAUUCCUUACGAACUGUAAUGAGGUUACGUAUAUACAUUGCUUAAGGCUCA